UUAUAGAACUUUUUAUAAAUUGAUACGCCAAGUGCAAUUUUGUGGCUGCCACUACCUUCUCACUCAGUCUCACUCACUCACCGCUUGUUGUUUGUUGUCUCUAAGUAUCCGUUUUGCAGAUCAAGAAGAUGUCUCAACACACUCACCCAGAUUGCCAACGAGCUAUGGAGGCCCAAGAAGAGCAUGAUGCAGCUGAAAGAGCCGCCAUGAUCGCUGUUUGUCUGAUAAGCAGUGCUCGUGUGAUUGCUAAGCUGGACAGUGAGUACACUGCCUACUCUGCUCAGUUCUUGGUCGACAACGCUGGUCGCAAGGAUGAACCCUCUCCGGAUCCACAACCCUCCUCGUUCACCAUCCAAGAUUGCCUUGCCUACUUGGUGGACAUCGCUACUCCCAAGCCUGAAUCUGAGCCGAGAGAAGUGGAUGAGCGACGCAACACCUUGACUCUCAAGGACUGCCUCGAGUAUGCUUUGAAAGAAGGGCUACCGAAACACGAGGACUGGACACAUGUGGGAUGCGUCCACAAGCCUCCCCCGUUUGCGCAUCUCAUCCCUCGUGUUCCCAUGAAAGGUAAACUGAUUGAGGCUAAGACAUCGAAAAAGGCGACUAAGUUGCUGAAUCAGCAACCUGUAGGAGCGAGACUUCAUGUGUUCAGUCCUGAGUUCGAUCUCGUUAGAGAUGAGGGGUUUUACGAGGGUCCAUCAGGUCCUGAGUCACGCUAUGUUGGUCUUAGGGAUGUGAUGAUAACUGGAAAUGGGACGAUGAAGGAAGGUCCGUUUUUGGAGGUGAAGAUAGUCUACAAGAAGAAGGAGACAUUCCUCAAAGUGUCUACGACUCGGGUGCUCACAUCACUCCCCAAUGACAGCGGCGAGGAGUCUCAGCUCACUGAGCCGACGGGUCUACUUGUUGAUUUCAUCAUCCCUCGCUUCUCUAAGUAAAUAAACAAGAUCUAGAUUGUCUUGGUGAGUAAGUAUCUAGAGAGGGUUAAUAAGUCAAAGUAUUAUGAAGACCUUAUGCUAGUUGUUGAACUUGUUUGUUGUCACAAGACCUUGUUUAUUUGGAAGACUCUUUUAUCUAUGACUAUGUGUAAUGAAGUUGAUGUUAGUACUAAUCAUCAUCCCUUUUAAUAUUCUUUUCG